AUGGCUGCUCCAGAAGGUCAGCCACGCGUGGCGACGAACCUUGACGGCGAUUUGCCCCAAGUCGUACUUCCCACCCGAACGAUCCCUUCUUACGAACAAUGCGUGGUCGGGAGACACUCACUUGUCCCCGGAAUCGAGGAAUUCAGGGGCAUUCCUUACGCAACAGUUCCCGCAAGGUGGCAGCACGCGCUUCUGCGCGACCGUUUACCCGAAGACGUCUUCUAUGCCACUCAAAAUGGCCCUCGGUGCCCACAGCCGCAAGAGCCCAACAAUAGCGAGUUCUAUCAGUCCCAUCUCGAGUUCCCUGGUGAUGUCACGGAAUCAGAGUUUGACUGUCUCAACUUGUUUAUCACAAGGCCAAGUGCAUCCGCGCUCAUUGCGGCCGGAUGUACUCCGGAAUAUGUGAAGCUGCCGGUUUUUGUAUACAUCCAUGGCGGAGCUUACAGCUUCGGCGCCGGGACCGAUCCCAUGUGGGAUCCUGCCCGCUUGGUGAAAAGGUCCGUGCAGUUGGGCACUCCAAUAAUUGUUGCUACCAUUAAUUAUCGUCUGAACAUGUUCGGCUUCGCUGCUUCAUCGGAGAUUAUCCAAGCCCAAUCGGACGGCCGACUGAAGGGAUGCAAUUUUGGUCUGGGAGACCAGCGCACUGCUCUUCGCUGGAUACAGCAGAACAUCGGUGGGUUCGGUGGCGAUGCAACCCAAGUCACCGUCGGCGGUCAGUCUGCUGGAGGAAGCUCUUCACAUGCCCAUAUUCUGGAAGCGAUAUUAGGCGAGGGUGAGCCCUUGGUUCAGCGCGCAAUUAUCCAGUCUGGUGCCGUUGGCGUACUUGGACCUAUCAGCAUGGAGGCUGCAGAUCGACGGUGGACUACCUUUUGCCAACGAAUCGGGGCUCCCAGUGAUGACUUUGUCUCUCGAAUGAAGUUCAUGGCCACAGUCCCGAUAGAAAAGAUUCUCCAAACACACCAACAACUGAGCUGGGAGGUUUGUCCACUCGUGGUAGACGAGCUCACCAUCUCAGAAAGAUCAAACGGUCGUUGGAAUAUCCACUUGGCUGGCAAGGAAGAGCGAGUGAGAAGUGUUCGGAACACUGAGAGUUCCGCGGUCAUUUCUGUGCUCAUUGGGGAUACGGAUCUUGAGAAGGGAUCCAUUCAUUUCUCUCAAGUUUCGGAUAUUGAAAGCUUUGAGCAGCUCAAUGGGCGGCUCGCGUCCAAAGUUAAGUCUACUGAAUUUUUGGACAGAUUGUAUCGGGCCUAUGGCUUGGAACCAAAUAUUUCAGUGGCCCGGCUUCACGAUGGGAUUCUUCAAUUUUUAUCAGACAUGCAGUUUGGGAAUCCCAUACAGCUAGCCCGGGAAGAGUUGAUGAGUUGGGAUCUGUCAAAGACAAAGCACAUAGCGGAAGGUACAAGUGCUCGCCCAACAGCCGUGCAAUCAUACCGAGUACAGUUUGGUAACCCGUUCCCGGGUAUCAACUACGCAAAGGCUCACCAUUGUGUGGAUCUCAUAUACAUAUUUGACUGCUUUGCGGAAGCAUUGCGUGAUGCCGAUAAAAUCCUGCCGGCAUCAGUUGUCACACAUGCUUCCCUGGUGGAGCGCAUUCAGGCUGACUGGAUAAGGUUCAUUGCGGCUCCCUCCACCGGGGAUCAGUAUGGUCUUGCCACUAUCUACGAUGUUGAUAGAAUGGUUUCGACCGUUUCCAUGGCGUUGGACCGAGACUUUGCUGAGAGGAAGGCUAGACUCGAUGUCUUGGACAGCUAUACCCUUGCUGCGCAGCAGGCUAUCCAAGCGCUGACAGGUAGUGGGCAUGUACUCUAG